CGCUCGGCCCGGCACCCGGCAGCCGCACGGAGCAUGGCAGGCCCGGAGGGCAGCGCGGAGGCGGGGGGCGGCUACCUGGUGCAGCGGCCGGUGUACAGCGAGCCGUCCUUCCUGCUCCUCAGCCAGCGCCGCCCGCCACCGCCCGCACCCACCCUGCGGGACAGGGUCGCCAAGACCUGCAGCUGCUCCCGGCGGAAGGCGUCGCGCCUGGUCAGGGCGGCCGUUCCGGCCCUCGACUGGAUCCCGCGGUACCGGGUCCGCGAGUGGCUCCUCAGCGACAUCGUCUCGGGCGUCAGCACGGGCCUCGUGGCCACCCUGCAAGGUUUGGCCUACGCUCUGCUCGUUGCGAUUCCCGUCGGAUUUGGACUCUACUCCGCCUUCUUCCCCAUCUUAACGUACUUCGUCUUCGGAACGUCGCGCCACAUCUCAGUGGGACCUUUUCCGGUGGUCAGCCUGAUGGUGGGGUCGGUGGUGCUGGGCAUGGCCCCCGAUGACCACUUCCUCCUGGCUUCCGGCAACGGGUCCGGGACGAACCACACGGCGCUGGACACCGAGGCUCGAGAUGCCCAGCGGGUGCUGAUCGCCAGCACGCUCACGGUGCUGGUGGGAAUUAUACAGAUGGUCCUCGGAGUGGCUCAGAUCGGGUUUAUCGUGCGUUACCUGGCCGACCCUCUGAUCGGAGGGUUCACCACCGCGGCGGCUUUCCAGGUCUUAGUCUCGCAGCUGAAGAUCGUCCUCAACGUGUCAACCAAAAACUACAACGGGGUCCUCUCCAUCCUCUACACUCUGGCUGAGAUAUUUGCGAAAAUCCACACCACCAACAUCGCGGAUCUCACUGCCGGGCUGCUCACCAUCGUCACCUGCGUGGUCGUCAAAGAGAUAAACGAUCGCUUCAAGCAUAAGAUCCCCGUGCCCAUCCCCGUAGAAGUCAUCGUGACGAUAAUUGCUACGGCCAUCUCGUACGGCGCUGACCUCGAGAAGCGCUACGAUGCCGGCAUUGUGAAGUCCAUUCCGAGGGGGUUUCUGCCCCCUGAGAUUCCGUCCGUGAGCAUGUUUUCGGAGAUGAUCACCGCCUCCUUUUCCAUAGCGGUGGUGGCUUAUGCCAUCGCCGUGUCCGUGGGGAAAGUGUACGCCACCAAAUAUGGAUACUCGAUCGAUGGAAACCAGGAGUUUAUUGCCUUUGGGAUCAGCAACAUCUUCUCGGGAUUCUUCUCCUGCUUUGUGGCUACCACGGCCCUGUCCCGGACUGCCGUCCAGGAGAGCACCGGUGGAAAAACACAGGUCGCGGGCCUCGUCUCCGCCUUGGUGGUUUUGGUGGCCAUCGUGGCUCUAGGAAAACUGCUAGAGCCCUUGCAGAAGUCCGUCCUGGCUGCUGUCGUCAUCGCCAACCUGAAGGGGAUGUUUAUGCAGGUGUGCGAUGUCCCUCGAUUGUGGAGGCAGAAUAAGAUGGACGCGGUGAUCUGGGUGUUCACCUGCCUGGCGUCCAUCGUUCUGGGCCUCGAUCUGGGGCUGCUGGCCGGCCUGCUGUUCGGGCUGCUGACCGUCGUCCUUCGAGUGCAGUUUCCAUCUUGGAACGACCUGGGAAACGUACCUGGAACGGACAUCUACAAAAGCAUCAAGGAUUACAAAAACGUGGCUGAGCCCGAAGGAGUGAAGAUCCUUCAAUUUUCCAGCCCCAUUUUUUAUGGCAACGUGGAUGGGUUUAAAAAAUGUCUCAAGAACACAGUGGGAUUCGAUGCCGUGCGAGUGUAUAAUAAGAGGCUCAAAGCACUGCGGAAGAUUCAGAAACUCAUCAAGAAGGGACAGUUAAGAGCAACCAAGGACGGCAUCAUCAGUGACGCUGGAUUGGCUAAUGAAGGAUUUGAGCCCGAUGAAGAUCCAGAAGAACCUGAAGACCUGGAGGUUCCAACUAAGGAAAUAGAGAUUCAGGUGGAUUGGAACUCGGAGCUUCCCGUCAAAGUGAACGUUCCCAAAGUUCCCAUCCACAGCGUCAUCUUGGAUUUUGGAUCGGUCUCCUUCUUGGAUAUCGUGGCAGUGAGGUCGCUGAGAAUGAUAGUAAAAGAGUUUCAAAGAAUUGAUGUGAGCGUAUAUUUUGCAUCACUUCAAGACAGCGUAAUAAUGAAAUUGGAGCAGUGUGCCUUCUUCGAAGAUAUCGGAAAGGACAUGUGUUUUCUGACGGUCCAUGAUGUCAUGCUGUAUAUUCAGAAUCGUCUUAUGUGCCAAGCAGUUCAAGAUUCCAUCUUUGAAAAGAUUUCCCUGAUGCAAGAACAUAAGGAGCCUCUCGAGUCGAUGGAAGUGGCACAGGCCGAAAAUGAGCUCGACGUUCAAGAUGAGGCUAUGCGCAGACUGGCGUCCUGAAGAGAGGUUAUGGGGAUCUUUACGCCUGAGACUACGUGACAUUAACGUUAUACUGUGCAAUCGUUUUCUACGAGGCUACUUCCUUGGAUCGGUCAUUUCCUUGUCGGACUGUGGAGAUUUGGAGUUGUUUUCCCACUACUGCCUCUGGCCCCUGUCUUUGGAGUCACCACAAUUGGAAGCAGACAGCCCGGCUGGUUAGGACAGGUGGCCCGGCCGGCCGGUAGUAUCAUGCUAACCCCCCGGCCCGAACAGGCCACCGAUUCGAUUUCGAUUGUUGUCGAAAUUUGCCUACACACCGUAGGCAAGUGUCAACUCCUUCCACCCCAGAACGCUAAGAGGCUGGCACGCCAGCUUUUGUGCUCCUGUAAACCGGUAGCCGUUUUGCCUGGAGCCUCGAGGGUCUGUCUCGAAGUGGUGCUGUUUAUUGGCGGUAAGAAAAUAGCCACCGUUUUCUUCCCGAGGCUAUUGGAAGAUCGACCCUUCUCGGGCGAAGCAACCCUGGACUCCCAACCCCAACACGUUCAUCAGCGAAACGGGAAGGCCUUUAAAACCGAUUUUGGUAACAUUUAAAGAUCAGGGUUAGCACUUUGGAGUAAAGCAUUUUUACUGGAGAAGAAAUGGAGUCAGAUUCCAGAGCAGUCGAAGGCAUUCAUUCAUGAACUGGAGAAAGUUCUGCUAAUGUAUUUGGAAAACGUAUUUUUUUAUCGGGGUGGAAGCGCUGGAUGAGUCGCGAGAGUCUUGGCACGUUAUAGCUUAGAGGUUAUGCAGGCAGGCGAUCGUAAGUCCAGUCUACGAGGAUAUAUCUUUUUCAGGCUAGCUGUCUAGUUUGGUUUGGAAGGUGGGUUUAUAUAACAGUCGUUGCUUUGAGGUAUGAAUAGACUAGGCCACGUUCGAAACCUCAGCGUGAAAAUGAUUAUGCUUGCAUUUUAAAAAUUUGAUCUUAAAUGAAAAGUCAUGAUUUUUAUAUUCAUAGGUGUUGCACGGUUAUGAGACGCGAUUUUUACAAACCCUCAAAAUCAGGGCUUCUGCUCACUGAAUUGAAAACGUAGAGCUUUUUGAUUGCUGGACAUUAGCUGCCUAGAAAAUUGACUGAUGAUUAAGGACUAUCUAUUCAAAAUAUUUGUCAGUACUUGCCACACUUGAAAUCUUUUUCAGCGUGUAGCUCUACCCAACAUGGGCAUUUGUGGAAACAGUCGAGAUUUUCAGAUAAGCCAUUUAAUCAUUAUUCUUUUCUUACGUGUUUUCCAAGGGCUAGUCAAAUUCUAGUUCUGGAAAGAAUUGCUUGUGUUCACUUCAAAUUAACUUCAUCCGCUUGGAGACAUCAUAAAAUCUGGGGGGAUUGUGUCUUGCCCCAAAUCCUGGAUGGAGGAAACUGCGUUAACUAGGAUUGUGACGUAAACAUUCCUUCGGUUCAGAGGUCACACUGGGAAUAUUGGGCUUAUGUUCCUUUUCAAUUUUGGGUGCAGUCAAACUCGAAUAUUCAUGUUACCUGGCUUUCUUCAGUAGCACACGCCAACCGAUUUACUACGGAUACAUCAAAGAGUCUUUUAUGGUAGCCUGGAAGAAAAUUGGUCAAAUACCUCUGUUCAAUAGGGGAAGAUACGCACUAUUUUUUUAUACGAAAGAAGAGGCCAGAAUCAUGUAUUUUUAUGAUCAAUUAGGGUUGCAAAAUCUUUGAUCCUAUCAUGAACAGUCCAGAGUGUAGUUUAAUGGGGCUUUUUUUCCAAGGGAGUUCUAGAAAAACCAUUUCCCUUCUGCCAGUAGGAAAUAUCCUAACAUUACCUACACUGUAGGUUUCACCUGAGAGUAUCAGAUGUAUUUUGUGUCCGCUGAGUCCUUUUAGAUAACGUUUUUGUAUUUAAAAGCAAUGAACAAGAAAAUCAAAAUUUAUAUAUGCUGAGAAAUAUUUGCACAUUUUUCAAAAUGUAAAGUUGUCUUUUAAAUUACUCUCGUGUUCUUUCUGUGAAAAGUAAUUAAACACACUUAGUGUGGAAAA